GAGAGACUCCCGGAUUGUGUACGCUCCUGAAAGAGACCCGUAAUCCCUCGUCACUCAUACGCACUCGUAUGUAGUACGUGACGGAGAGUAUUGCAUGUCCUCGCCUGGAUCCACCUCCGUCGAGUUUGACAGAUGACCGACUGUCAGUGCGCGGCGGGUUUGUCAAAGUGAGGAUCGACGGGAGCGCGCCGACAUGGAGGCGGUGCCGAGGCUGCCGAUGAUAUGGUUCCAGCUGAAAGUCAGUCCGGAGCCGACCACUUUUGGACCGAAGCUCAAACAGUACAUACAAGAAUUUUACAACGAGGACCCUGAGUCGUACAACAAUGAAAUACACCAGUUGGAGAGCUUACGCUCGAUGGCGGUCAGACCGCCGGUCGACAUGGCUGGGUGUGCGCUGCUGAAGAAGUAUUAUUGCCAGCUGAAUUUCCUUCAGAGCAGGUUUCCCAUGCACAAGGACGGCCAUGCCGCCGCCACGUUCACAUGGCGAGACGCUUACGCGAACCUGGUGUGCUCGCUGGGCAGCAUCCGUUUCGAGAUAAUAUCGAUUUUAUACAAUAUCGGAGCGAUGCACAGUCAAUUGGGCGCGCGGACCGAGAGAAACAGCGCCGACGGAAUGAAGAUGGCUUGCACUCACUUUCAAUGCGCGGCGUGGGCCUUCGAGCACCUGAAGAACAGUUUUCCUCAGCCGUCCGGUAUCGACCUGUCGCCGGAAUUAAUGACCUUCAUGCACCAGCUCUCCUUGGCGCAAGCGCAAGAGUGCAUACUGGAGAAGAGCAUGCUCGACAAUCGUAAGCCAACAAUUGUAGCAAAAGUUGCAAAGCAAAUAGUAGAUUACUUCACUAUGGCCCUAACCACGUUGGAGCAAGGCGGAGCUGAAGACGGAACCAUAUCCGACACUGUGGGCAGCAAAAUUUAUAAGAGCUGGAAACGCUACGUCAAGUUUAAGAAAGCGUAUCACAUGGCCGUCACGUAUCUUUAUCAAGGCCUUGCCGCAGAGGAACAGAGGAAGAUGGGAGAACGAGUAGCUUUUUAUAAUGCUGCGUUAGCGUCGCUCAACGAGGCGCACACGAUCUACGAUUUCGCAAACAUUAAGGAGGAAAAAGCCGCGGUGGAAGAGUCACUCACGUUUACCAAUGAUGUGAUCGAAGGCAAGAGAAAAGCCGCUAAAAAUGAGAACGACUUUAUUUAUCACGAAGAAGUGCCUGAGAAAGAAAGCCUUCCUACUGUGAAAGGCGCGUCUCUAGUUAAAGGAAUAUCGUUUAACAUAAAUGAUACAGAGGUAUCGGGACAGGAUAUAUUUGCGAGGUUUGUUCCUAUGAAAGUGCACGAAGCUAAUUCUCUUUAUUCGGAGGAAAAGGCUAAAAUACUGCGCUUUAUCGGGACAAAAAUUGACGAGAAAGAUCAAUACCUUAAUACCUACCUGACUUCCUUGAAGCUGGAACAUAUGAAUUUGUGGGAUCUUGAUUCACAAGGUUCAGAAUGGGAAUGCUUACCUCUCCCGGAAGAGCUACUCGAACGAUGUGCCGCGCUUAAUGCAAAGAAACAUGUUAUUCAAGAAUUAGUCGAUAUUUUGGGAAAAUUAUGUAAAACAAGCAAAGAUGUUGAGAAAGUAUUAAAGGAAAUAUCACAACUUUUGUUGGAUGAGGAACAAAAAGAAAAACAGUAUCAAGAUGCGGUAGGCAAAAGACCACCGUCGAUAGUAGCAACGGAUCUAACUAGAGAAGCUAAUAAAUAUGAAGAAGCACACAACAAGGCUUCUGAAAGUAACCAAGCUCUUCAUAAAGCAAUAUCAAUGCAUGUGAAGAAUUUAAAAAUUCUUGCGCAGCCAAUAGCCGAUUUAAUGGCUCAAAUCCCUUCACCCAACGUGUAUCUUGCAGAUCAAAGUUUCGAAAAAUCACAAACCAAGGAAAUAGAGAAAAUGCAUAUUAAAGAGCUGAAACGUGUGUUGAAUAAAGUGGACGAAAUGCGAAUGCAGAGACUUGAUUUGCUUACCAAAUUACGAGAUCAAAUUGUCAAAGACGAUCUAACACGUUUACUAGUCACUGCUACAUCUGAAUCUACUCCGCCUGUCUCUCUAGAGCAGUUAUUUUCGGAUCAACUUAGCAAGCAUCAAAGUUUGGUGAGCUUGAUAGAACAAAACCUUGCUGCACAAGAUAAUAUCUUAGCGGCUUUAACGGACGCGUACGCACAGACUGCUAAUGUGCGCAAAAAUGUGGAGGAAGUGUUGAAACGUAGAGAAGUGACCAUAUCUUCUUUGAUCAAUUCUUAUGAUUCGUACGAGGAUUUGUUAGCAAAAUCGAGCAAAGGCUUGGAAUUCUACACAAAAUUGGAAAUAAACGUUUCGAAGCUAUUACAGCGAGUUAAGAGCACGUGCAAGGUACAAGAAGAAGAACGAGAGCAGAUACUUGCGCAAGACAACAAGAACGCGUACGAGAAGAUCGACGCGGUGAUACCGUCGACUCACGAUCAAGGGCGUCCUCGAUCCGGCAACGGCCUGAAGCUGAAGGAUUAUUUGAACAGCAGAGUGGAAGGCGGCACCGGUUAUCAAAAUCCAUAUUACAACUUGUACAAAGGGCAUGUCGCGUCGAUGCAAGUGGAUUCGAAAACGUUGGCAACUGAGAUGGGAGGCAAAAAUGUCGUUCAAUCUCCAGGCACGAUACAGGCGUCGGAAAUUUCGUCCUCGGCUGCGAAGUCGUCGCAACAUUAUUAUCCCGCGUCGUACGCUGAUUAUAGAACAGGCUCCCCGUAUCCGUACGGUACGCAGACUUAUUAUGAAAAUCCUGUUGCUAAUAGCAUCUUGAGUCAGAGCUACUUGCCGGCCGCUACGAACACCACGAACGUCUAUCAGCAACCGACUCUGUCCACGUCAUCUGCAGAUAUAUCUAAUUCGACUGUACACUACCCUGUCAGUUCCUAUCUGCCUAACGGACAAACUCUACCUACAUCCGGACAAGAUACGUUCCGAGACAUCUCUUCUAACUACAAUGUUUCUAACGCGGCUCUGCAAUACGAUGCUUAUCAAUCUCCAACCGGUUAUAACAAUUAUAACAUCGCAACGCCGUACGUUCCGAAUCAAGAGACAGUCACAGUUAAAAGCGGAACAGCUGAGACACCUACGCACGUUCAGCCAGUACCGCAAGUGCCCGUCUCUACGAUCGGAGCCGCAGCGGCGAGCAGCAUCGUGUCGACGGACGGCCAAGGGCAAGCUUAUAGCGUCGUGCAACAAGCUCAGCAAUAUGAUAAUCCGCAAAAGACGACUUUGAACCAAGAAAUGUCGUUUCACGGUGGUCAGAACGCCGCUAGAUCUCAGCAAACGUUGCCGGCAAAGGACGCUACGUUGACGCAGAACUAUUCGCUGCCUCAGGCCGCCCACUCCGAAGUCGCGUAUCCGCAAAACUAUCAGAGCACCACGUAUUACAAUCCGGCGGAGCUGCAAGCCCAGCGAAUCCCGUAUACUCAAGGCACAUACGACGCGGCUGUCGUGCCUCCGACGCAGUAUAUGCAGUCGCAGCAACCGGGCACGAGCAAUCAGUCCGUACAUUCCGCGCCGUCGACGAACGAAGCCUCGGUGCCGUACUCCCCGAGCUUACACGGCGUUAACCCUGUCCAGUAUCCGCAGCAGGCCGGUACAGAACCGAGUAAGCAGAGUUACACGGACGAGGCGUACGCCGCGUACGGCACGCAGAUGCAAAUGAACGCCGUCGCCUCGAAUUAUCCAAGUACUUAUCAGAAUUAUCAGCACGGUGCCACUGGCGUGCCGUACGAACAGACUGGCAUGCUACCCGGGGAUGCGUCCGGCACGUACGCCUACAUAAACAGCUCGAGCAGCUCGGAAAUAAUACAGAGCCACGCGAAACCGACGACGGUGCAGAGUUACUCGCAGUCGUAUCAGUACUCGCAGCAGACUCCUUAUUCGGCGUAUGUGCAAUAUCCAAAUUAUUCGCAGGGCCAAAGCUACGCUUAUAUGCAGAACGCGCAUGGAACAAAUACAGCGUACACAUACAAUCCUGGUAAUCAGGCCCAGGGCUACACUUACGCGUCUAAUCCCCAAGAUGCACAAACUCCUCAAACGUUGGAGGCAACGUCCUCCAGUGUUACGGCCAGUGGCAUUUAUCAGCAGCAGGAGACAAAUGCGAGGUACACGAACGCGGGCAAUAACGCUGUGGUCAGUCAAACGCCAUCCUCGCAGUACAGUCAAGUUUAUCAGCCUCAAACAGAAAACGGUACAUACUAUACUACGCCUUACGGUCUUCAAAUGCAGGGUCAAGCUGGUUCGGUAACGAGACCUGAAAAUUACACCAAUUACAAUCAAACGUACAUGCAAGCCGUCAACAACGGAACGAACACGACAACGAGUGCUAAUCCGAUGAAACUCACGACCAAGUCCGAGGAACUGACAUCGAACGUUGAUCUUCUGUCCGAUCUCGACAUUACUAUAAACCACGCACCUCUUGUGCCAGAAGUGCGGCCUCUUUCAGUGCAGAAGAAAGAGGAGGUGACAACAGAUGAUACUGCGGAAGAUAACAAAUCGGAAAAGAACGAACAAGACAAGUCCUGUAAAACCGAACAAGAAGUCGCAGCUUCUACCGAAGAUAAAAGUGAUCAUGAGAACUUGCAAAUCGUAUGGGACACGUGGUACAAUGACGUUCAACCGAAGAAGGAUCCUCUGGGAGAGCCAGCAGCACUGCAAAAGUUCAUUAACGAUGUCGAGAAAUAUGAAAAGUUCGUAAAUAGUUUACUCGUAAAAACUUUAAGCGGAGCCACGAAUCUUGAUAUCAAGUGGAAAGAGGUUCAGGAUUUCGAAGAACGGGAAAAUGGAAAACAGUCAAGCACCGUAGCGUUAGCUCACUCGUCUGAAAAUCGAACAAUUGAUUGUAUUCCGUACGACACGACACGGGUGCAAAUAUCGUCAUCGGAUGUCUCGUCGUACAUAAACGCAUCUCACAUCAUGGAAAUCACGCAGUGGAUACCUACAGCAUUUAUUAUAACUCAAGCACCCUUAGCAGAUAAAUUAAACGUUUUUUGGACGAUGAUCUGGGAACAAGAGAGUGAAGUUAUUGCGUGCUUGGCAUCCGAUACUCAGAUGAAUGGAGAAUUAUAUUGGCCCAUAAGUGAAGAAGACAACUUAGACAUUGGAAAUUAUACUAUUUCGCUAAAAAAGAUAGUUAACUAUACAACCUAUAUUCAAAGGACUCUUUCUAUUCAGCAUAAUAAGAAAAAAACCGAAAGAGUCAUUGUACACAUGCAAUUUCUUGUGUGGCCUUCAAAUGGUUUUCCGAGUAGUCCCGGCGCUAUACUUGCAUUUUCAAGCGAUGUAAUGACAGAGCAGGCAUUAAGACGCUGUUCUCCUAAGCCCGUAAUUGUACAUUGUUUAGACGGCGGUUCGUUGAGCAGUCUAUUUUUAGUGGCUGCUGCGACUGUAUGCCACAUACGCGCCGAUUGUGGAAUCGUAGAUGUACCGCUGGUUUUCAAGGGCCUUGCAAAGUGUCGCAAACAAGUCGUAAAUAAGGAAUCACUGUUAUUUGCAUACAGAUUAGUAUUGUACCAUGCUCAGGAUAUUUUAAUGAAACGCGGCAUUUUAUCAUCUACUCGAGCUACAUUUGAAAAUUUAGACGGAUUCAAAGGGAACAAGGAGAGAACAUCGCGAAAGUUACAAUGCCAUCCUUCAGAUGAUUUUCUUCACAAUCUCGACGUGGGAAUACAACGUUCUGAUUCUGAGCAAUCGGGAAAAACACAAAAAAUUUUAGCAAGCGACGGCACGUCGAGUAAAAGUUCAUCGUCACAAGAAAAAUCUAAUGGCAGAGUCAUCGAUCCCUUGAGUCAAUUGGAUCCUAUGUGGUCCAUCAGAAGAUAAUCACACAACUAGGAAUGUAAAUUCCAUUAUGCAGCUUUAAAUGAUUAUUUAAACGAAAUAGGCAUUCCUAUCUUUGUUAAAGUGAUGAUAAAAAUAUCGAGCUAGAAUUUUUAAGAUAGCUUGUAUAAAUAAUGUUGUAAUAUGGAAUUAAAAAGAGUAUCAUAAUGCAUCUAAAUUAGCCUUGAAAUAAAAGACAUUUAUUCAAGUAUUUGUGUGCUAAUCCUUAAGUUUUAACAGUUUUAAUGUCUGUUAAAUAUAUAGAAUAAAAAAUAUAAAACACA